UGGCCAAACACAAUCUUAAAGCCGUACGGACCGCAUUUCGAACCGGCCCCCGAUUUGUUUACAAUAUACGCCCCCGACGCGGCGAAGACACGCGGACCACGCGAGUGUUUGUGCUAUCAUAUUCAGUGAUUAAUUGUGCCCUGUGCUUUCCCCGGGAAAUUUAAAACGACUCUCCUCAACCAAAACAGAAAGGAUUAUAACAAUUUUACGGACAGGAUGAAGGGGUGCUAGGACCGAAUUAUGGCUCCUCUCAAGGACACCUCCUUCACCUUCUCAAAGGGACUCCUGAACGGUCCAGGUCAAAACAACUGCUUUUUAAACAGCGCUGUACAGGUUCUAUGGCACUUGGACAUCUUCAGAAGGAGCUUCAGGGAACUCUCCGGCCACACUUGCAUGCUCGACUCCUGCAUAUUCUGCGCGCUUAAGGAGCUUUUUUCACAAUUACAAUUCAGUCAUGAGAGUGCCUUACCUCCUGAUGCCCUUCGAAGGGCGCUCGCAGAAUCAUUCUUUGACCAGCAGAGAUUCCAGCUUGGCUUCAUGGAUGAUGCCGCUGAAUGCUUUGAAAAUAUCCUUCUUCGUAUUCACUUCCAUCUGGCAAGCGAAGAAGCGGAAGAUCUUUGCAGUGCGAGACAUUGCAUACCGCACGUUAAAUUCGCGAUGACUCUUGUCGAACAGAGCGUAUGCGGGGCUUGUGGUGCCACUUCCGAACCGUUACCUUUCACUCAGAUGGUACAUUAUGUAUCAGCAUCGGCGCUGAUUUCUCAGGCAAAGCAAGUGCAGAGCCCUUCACACCCUGAUCUUUUUGGUCAGCUGCUCAAGAAAGCUGGAGGAAUGGGUGACAUAAGAGAUUGUCCGAGUGCUUGUGGAGCAAAGAUUCAGAUUCGGAGGACUUUGACCAACCAGCCUGAGAUAGUUUCCGUCGGAAUAAUUUGGGAUUCAGACCGACCAUCUCUAGAGCAUAUAAUGUCUCUCUUGUUGACAUUAAGGACGACGCUGCGUCUGUCUGAUGUUUUCCAUACACCUCCGCCUUUGCCAAACCCAACUACUAACAACCACCAGCUUGUCGGUGUUGUAACUUAUUACGGAAAGCAUUACUCAACUUUCUUUUUCCACACAAAACUCAAGAUCUGGAUCUAUUUUGACGAUGCUAAUGUCAGAGAGGUAGGGCCAAAAUGGGAGCAAGUUGUGGAGAAGUGUAGACGUGGAAGAUACCAGCCUCUUCUGUUGUUGUUCGCCGCCCCCGAUGGAACACCCGUAGAUCCUUCGACUGCUCCUACUAGCAUAACAGUUGCACCGAGGGCGCUCGGGUUGGGGAAGCCACCUAUUCCAAACCAGGCGCAGCAAGUACCGCAACAAAAUGGUAGGCGAUCACUUACUCCAAGCCCUGAAAAGCCGAGCAUGGCCAUUGGGCAGCAGAGGAGAGCAGUCACGCCAAAUCCACAACAACAACAACAACAACAAGCUGAAGCCAUUAAAAAUCGGCCAGCACAACAACCAGUAAUGUCGGAAUAUCAAAACUUCAUGGUCAUGAUGCAGAAACCAUUGUCGUCUCCAACAAGGACGAAUGUGGGAUCGUGGGGACCACAGAGUCAAGCGAUAAGACGAGGUGCAACAGAAUUAGUAAGGAGAGAUUCUGGAAAUUGGAGCGGCGAUAGGAACAGUGCAAGUUCAUCGUCUUCGACAUCCCUGGAGAAUCCAUAUCAGUAUAUAAUUGGAAAAAUGCACAACGGGAGGGGCCAGGUAGUCCCGAGGAGCCCUACAAGUCUCAAAGGAGGAGAGUCAAGUUCUGGCGGGAGCCAGUGUGAUCCAGGAUACGACUCAUACUCAUUGUCCUCGACUGACAGUCUGCCAUUACAGCAAACCCUUAAGCAUAACUUACAACUGGCACAGAUACCCGAGGGGCAUCAGUCUCCAGUAAUGAUAGCUAAUAUGCAAACAUUACAAAAUGGAGGUCAUUCAGAAUGUGAACGCUUAUGUGAGGAAGCAGAUAUGCUUCUUAAGCAUUCUCAAACCACAGACAAUUUGGAAAUGGCAUUGUCGUACGCCAACGCAGCUGUUGGCAAGGCGCGUCAAGCAAUGGAUGCACCCUACAGCAAUCCACAGUCCGCAUCAGCAGCGAGGAUGAAGCACAACACGUGCAUAAUGCAAGCAAGGAGCCUUCAUAAGAAACUGGAAGACCCUGUUGGACCUAGACAUGCCGAGGGCAGACACAGUCGUGAAGGUAGUGGCUGCAGUGGACGAGGAUCGACCGGAUCUCAUUCUCGACAGAAUUCCAAGGACAAAGGGAAUCAUUCGAGACAGAACAGUCGUGAGCUUCUCACUACCAUCUCUACAGAACAGAGACCUUUAGAAAUUCCAGAAAAGAGUCCGGAGAAAAGCAUUGAAAUAUAUGCAACCCUUCCGAAAACGAAGAAAGGACUAUUAUCUCGGGCCGCCUCGAAACUCAAGAACAGUGUCGAAGAUGAAGAUUUGUUGUCGUACGACCGGCCUGGAAGAAGCUUGAGCAGAAAGCCUCCCAAUGGAAAGAAAGAUGAAAAACGAGCAAGGAGUGAAGAAAGAAACAACAAAAAUCAAAAAGAAAAGGAGUUCAUUUCAAACCAAAUAGCGAAAGAUGCCAAAAAGCAGGCAAAAGCAGAUGAGCAAAAGCAAAACAAAAAGCAGCAUAAGGUCAGAAGAAAGCUCCUCAUGGGUGGGCUAAUCAGAAGGAAAAAUAGAUCGAUGCCUGACUUAAGAGAAGAUGAAGUGAAUACCAUUAAAGGUGUUUCAAAAGACGAUACCAGUUUAGUCAAAAUGGAAAAGCAAGGUGGAUUGAGCGGUUACCUCUCUGAAGGCCAUUUAGAGUAUUCGGGAAAUCCAAAUCUAGAGAGGAGUAAAUUAAUGAGAAAGAGUUUACAUAGUAGUAAAUUGAUUCAUAUGGCUAAGGUCCCACCACCGCCUCCGCUGAGGACGACCUCUCAAUUAAGUAAAAACGACAGGCCACCAUUUCCCCUUCCUGACAAUUUUCAUCAAAACUGGCAAGAAGAACCACACAGUUUACCACCCAUGUCAAAUUACAAUGCACACACAACCGAUGCGAUUACUUAUGCAAACGGAGGCUACUUGCUCAACGAGCAAACCAAGCUAGUGACAACGGCGCAAGUACAUCAAGUAGGCUCUCCAGUGAAUGAGUUCAAACAAGAGGACGAUGAUUUUGUCCUUCCACCAUAUCCCUCUCCGUUGAACUCUGUUUCUCACUCUAGACAAGCCAGCGAAGAUUUUCCUCCUCCUCCGAAUGAAAUUGAAACAUUGACUCCUACAACGCUGCUAGAACAGCUACAACAAAAAAGACAACAGAUUCUGAAUGACAAUGGUUUCAAAGAAGCCGUUGACACUGUGGACUAUGCAAAAUCUUCAGGAGGAGAUUGGCUGAGGGAACUGCAAGCCAAACAGGCCAAAUUCCGCGACCAGACAGAGCAGAAACAAGAACAACGACCUCCUCCAGAAACUCAAGCAAAGCAACACGAAGAUGUGAAGAUUGAUCAGAGCAACUCUGUUAAAGAUUUGAAAUCAAGGUUUGAAAACAUCAAUAUAAAACAGCCUGAUAAAAAAGAGACGAUAGAACGUCCUAAGACAGGCUCACCCUUAACGUUACCAAACCCAAGAGCGUCAUCUGUCGGCGAGAAUAAGAAUGAGAAUGAAAUAACAAAACAUGAGGAAAUUAAGAGCAGCCUCAGCUCGAGCCGAUUAGACGACUCAAAGAGAAAAUCGAGUAAAAAGAAAAAUGUAACUUUCUGUGAACAAGUGGUACUUGUUGCUACAGCUGAAGAAGAUAAGGUGAACAGCUACAUCCCGAACCCAAUUUUAGAAAGGGUGUUACGUUCUGUCCUUCACAGAGAUCCACCACACCAGGAGACAAAAGAAAUAGCAGUUCAUUCUGUAGUUCCUUUAAAAAGGAAUGAUUCAGGAAGUUAUGGCCAGUGUGCGGCAAGAACACCUACAGAAGUUAAGGAGAUGUUUAAAGAUGAAAUUGGAACGUCAGUCGAUUCUGAUGAACCGUCUUCACCUAAAUGUCCUCCAGGAUCAGCAGAUAAGAAUGAACCAUUUCAAAAUGGUACUAAGAAUUUGCAAAGGAUGGUACCGUCACCCAUGCCGACAAGGCAGGUGACAAGAGCCCAACCGAUGCAAAUCGCACAUUCACAUCAGAACAUUUACAAUGGCAGCCCAAGUCCUCAGACUGAAAAUCAAAUUAACCCAUCACCAUAUCAGUUGGUACAUCAACAGCAUUACCAAGAUGACAUUAGGAUGGGUGGAUCUCUUCCGAGAGAUUCUUACAUGAUACCCAAGCCAUGCCAAGAUAUCGACAUAAACAGGUACAAUCUACAGACGAUCAAUGCGUUGAAAUCAGAACUCAAUCAGAAUAGAGAACAAGAAAAUAUGAAUCACAGCAAUGAUGUUUAUGAUGGUCAGAUUUAUUCGACUAGUCAAAUGAAUCAUCAAAUGAUGCAGGGGCAGUCGAAUAUUUAUCAAGGCCCUCCACAAUCUAUAUACAAUCAAAAUUACAAUGUACAACAAAAUACACCUUCUCCUUUGAGCAUAACACAUGCGAAAAACCAAUCGAACAUGAUUCAACAGAUAAACGGUCCAUUGAGCCCUAACAGCCAAACAAGUCCAUAUCAGACGAUACCCGUGAGUGCGCAUUGUGCCCAAUACAACAACAACGGUGCUCAACUUGCCCAAUCGACAAACGCGCAGUUGAUGCAGAGUCAGCAACUUCGACAACAAUUGACAAACGGGCAGAUGAUGAAUAUGCAGAGGAACAUCCCUUCGCCUAUCGUCCACAACAACAUGCAGAAUCAGAUGAGGCAGAUGAAUCCGCAAAUUGGAAACCAAAUGCCACAGUACCAAAUGAAUCAACAAAACACUCAAAUUUACCAGAUGAAAAAUCUUAAUCCUGCACCUGCUACGUAUCACUUAGAGCACCAAAUUUCACCACCUGUUUCAAAUCCUCAGACACGUCCAUAUGCGCACCAGUUGCAGCAAAGCUAUCAGCAGCAAAUGAACCAACACGGACAGACGCAAAUCGCGUAUAGCCAUUUGUCAACUACAGCCGCUAAUUUGCAGAGCAACGCGCAUCAAAACACACUCCCUUCCCCAAGCUUGUCGUUAAAAUCACAAAUCAUGCAACAAGCUCAGCCAUGCUACACGUCUCUUCCUCAGAAGAUGCGGCAAGGCCAAAACGGUCUUUUACAGCAGCAGAACAAGACACGGCCUCAAACAAUGUACCAGCACGAGGCACCAACACAGGAUAAAAAAGAAGGACAGCAGGCCCAAAGUGUUUAUCAAAGGGUCCCAAAUCCAAUGGGACAUGAUUAUUCUCAAAAUCAAUACCCGAACGGGCCUCUCAGUCCGAAUUACAACCAAACCACACAAGGGCCUUACCUACCCGUGCCGAACCUCCAGCAAAAUCAAAAUCAUCAAAACCAACAGGCGAAAUAUUCCCCGUAUCAGCAUCCACCGAUUCCUCGGCAAAUGGAGCAAAACAAACAAAACAAUUCGGCUGUACGAAACUUGAUGUGCCAUCUGUGUAGAAAGAAAACUCUCGUCCCACCGGCUAUUUAUUGUACUGAUUGUGAUUUUUACAUGUCAAGGUUCAAACCAAGGACGUGAAAUUAAUAUCACCGGAAAUAGUUAUCCCAUUUUAAGUGCUGUACAUCGUGUAAAUCUUUGUAAAUAGUUUUUCUAGUAGAUACAAAUGUUCAGUUGGCUAUAGUUGACAAUCCCUGUACAUAUUUUUUUCUCAAGUGUUUUUGUUUUUAUUUUAAUUUUGGAAAUCAAAUGAUCUCACUCUGUACUUAUUUUGAAUGAAGAUUCCACAGAAAAUUAUAAAUGUUUAUUACAGAUUCAAAUUUUACUUGCUCUGUUUUAAGGGCAUUACAACAAAAAAUAAAAUCUACUUUUAAUAAUA